CAAAAGUGUCGGCAGUCAGACAUCAACAGUGUGCUGAAUGAACGGUAGACGAACGGGAGAUCCACAUUCGGAUGCCUUUAUUAAGAUAGUCCGCAGGGAAGGUAUCAAGUCGUUAUGGAGCGGCCUCCCUCCAACCCUUAUCAUGGCGGUCCCGGCCACAGUGAUCUACUUCACGUGCUACGACCAACUGCGUGCUGCCCUGAGGGUCAGGAUGGGGUCACACGCUGAGGAGGCACCUCUACUAGCAGGCGCCCUCGCCAGAGUGGGCUCUGUGACAGUGAUCAGUCCGUUGGAGCUGAUCCGUACGAAGAUGCAGUCCCAGAGACGUUCGUACAGGGAGCUGAGUGAGGUUAUCCACUCUGCAGUACGCAACGAGGGCUGGCGGUCUCUCUGGAGGGGCUGGGGACCCACACUGCUUAGAGACGUGCCCUUCUCAGCCAUGUACUGGUAUAACUAUGAGAAGGGGAAGGCUUGGCUGUGUAAGCACAACAUCAGAGAGCCAACGUUUGCCAUCACCUUCAUAUCUGGAGCGGUGUCUGGAUCAAUUGCUUCCAUAGUAACUCUUCCUUUCGACGUUGUGAAGACCAGGAGGCAGGUGGAGAUAGGGGAACUCCAGGCUAUGAAUUUGUCGUCCAAGGCCUCCUCCUCUACUCUCAGUGUGAUGACUAAGAUUGUGGCUGAGAACGGAGUGGGUGGACUGUUUGUAGGUUUCCUUCCCAGGGUGAUCAAGGUGGCCCCAGCCUGUGCCAUUAUGAUCAGCUGUUAUGAGUUUGGGAAAGCCUUCUUCCGCAUGCACAACCAGGAGAGGCUGCUGAACAGCACCACCUGACUAGGGCCUCUCACACACACCACCACCAUAGACAAUACCAAGAACACAACCAGGAGAGGCUGCUGAACAGCGCCACCUGACCUGACUAGGGCCUCUCUCACACACACACACACACACACACACAAACCACCACCAUAGACAAUACCAAGAACACAACCAGGAGAGGCUGCUGAACAGCACCACCUGACCUGACUAGGGCCUCUCUCACACACACACACACACACAAACCACCACCAUAGACAAUACCAAGAACACAACCAGGAGAGGCUGCUGAACAGCACCACCUGACCUGACUAGGGCCUCUCACACACAAACCACCACCAUAGACAAUACCAAGAACACAAUCAGCCAUCACCAACAGUAGGCAUUGGCUACCUCUACCUUUCCCUGGGUUCUUAGAGAUAUUCAGGUGUAACUUCGCAUGCCUGUGUCCUCCCAGCGGCUUAGACACUUCAACACACUGUUAUAAAGUGUUCAAGUGUGAUCUGUCAUGUGACUAGCUGGAAGUAGCUAAUGUUGGCGUUUAGGACCCAAGAACGCCAGGACUUGAUUCUGUUCCAAAGCAGGAAAUACUGGCAGACAUGAAGACAAAUAUUUGUAGGUAAAUCAAUAUUAUUCAUAUUUUCUUAUAUUUCUCAAUCAAGGUGUACUGCACUUUAUCACCAUACUAAUUGUGACAAGAGAAAAUAGUAAAA